GCCGGUCGCUCCUGCCAUUCAUAUCCUUCCUUUCUUCUCACGAGUUACCACCAACAACACACAAGAGCAUCGACACCCACACCAAGAUCCAGCAGAUAGGAAAAUCAUCAUCCAUGGGAGCGGGAAUGAAGCGUGUGAGGGAGGAGCAGCCGGUGUCUCUGGCGCUUGCGCUGAGCACGGACUCGACGUCCUCCACCACAUCAGCGGACUCGUCCGCUGCGGCGCCCAUUUCGGCCAGGAAGAGAGCGAGGCGGGGGAGGAUGGUGGCGACGUCCGGGGAGGGGGAUUUCGUGUGCAAGACGUGCGGCCGAGCCUUCACAUCCUUCCAGGCGCUCGGCGGGCACCGGACCAGCCACCUACGCGGCCGCCACGGGCUAGAGCUCGGCGUCGACAUCGUAAAAGCUAUUAAAGAUCGGAAGCAAAGCGAGGAGAAGCAGCAGCAUGAGUGCCACAUCUGUGGCCUCGGCUUCGAGAUGGGCCAGGCGCUGGGUGGCCACAUGAGGCGGCACCGGGAGGAGAUGGCGCUCAGCGGCGCUGCCGGUGCGGACGACCAGUGGGUCAUCUUGCAGCCGCAUCAGGAAGAGGUGGUGGGGAACGCUGCCCACCGCCCGCCAGUCUUGCUCGAGCUGUUCGUCUAACUAGCACAAGCUGGAUCUGCUGACUGUUUUGUUGUGCAGGACCUGUAAAAGAUUUUAGAACGUGAUACGUUUUCGAAUUUAUUGAUCAGCGUUUCACUUUUGUGACCGCUCUCAGUUUUUUUCUUUUGAA